AUGGAAGCGGAGGUCAAAACUAGCUUCAGUCCAUUCGCAGAGGCUUGCAUGAGAGCAGGGCUGGUCGAAGCGAUGAUGAGUAUUGCCCAAGCAGACUCACCUUUACCCGAGGAUCAAUAUGUGGCCCAAUGUUAUGCAAUGGAUUCGCUUGGCUACCUACUAAAGAGUGGCGAUCAGUCCGAGAAAGAGGAACUAUUGGAUAGGCUGGUGCGAGAGGGGUUUGUGGCGGUAUGUCUAAGGAAUAUGCAACACGAUCUAUGUCUCCUACGACAAGUUGCCGUAGACAACCUAUACAAACUUGUGGAAGAAUCUCGGCUUGAGGACAAGCUAUCGUCUUCAGAGGUUGCCGAAGUCAUUGAGAGGGCUUGUAUGUUCGUGCUAAAGGCCCCCAAGGAACCGCAAUAUUCUGUUGCGCAACUACUUAACCCCAAUACAUCAUGGCAGAUUUCGAUCUUCGCGAAUAGACAAAACCUCCCCAAGUACGAGGCAAACAAAUCGUACCCUCGAACGCAUGGAAUAGGCGAAGUCAAUGCCAUCUUGACAGCUCACAGUCUCCUCGCUACAUCGCCACUCAGAUCGCGGAAGUUCUGCCUCGACAUCCUCAAGGAUAAACCUCAGAUUAUUGAUCUUCUACUGGAUUGCAUGAUUAUUGAGCGGCGGCCAGGGUUCCCUAACAGUCAGGUCGAUACAUUCGCAGGAGAAACGCUGGUUCUGCUGUUUCAGUGGCCAAGUCAUGUUAUUCCCGGCUUAUCCGACCCGACAUACAAGUCCUUUAAAGCAUCGGAUUGGAAGGCCAUGUUGCAGGCGGUCUCCAUUUUCAUGUCUCGUGAGGACUGGUCUGAGAGGCUUAUCGAGGUAUGGAUGCGACUACAGGAAGAAGACAUAAAGAGAUCUAUGAAGUGCGUGUCGCGUAUUAUAUCUGCCUAUAAUCAACUUGAACAGAAACUACUUAGAACCGAAUUACUCUUUGAGAACCGCGGAAAGAGUCGAAUCAUAGUUUUACGAUUGCUUACCACUCUCACGCAUGCAGCAGAAUCGUGCGGUAUCACCAAUGCGCAGAUCGAAUCGUUUCUCCAUGUUGCAUACCAGGCGAGCCGCAAAUGCAAAUCUCCGCCCGACUGUUUCACUCCAAAGGACAGGUCACUCACUAUGGAAAAUAUCGAAGAGAUCAACCGAAACCCCCAGCGGGAAGAUGAUCCACGAAACUACACUGAGCUUCCGUUGACGGUUGCACCCGAAAAUAUCCUUGGCCCAACCGCACUAAUCCGUUUACUUGUAGUCCUGGCGCAGCGGAAGGCAUUGGCCGGCAUCCAAACUCUGCGCCACGCCCCACCUGGCCUCUCACCUUCUACCUCGCUCGGUCAUAUUCAGCAGAUCACCCACCCUAGCGUCAUCCGACGAGUGAUCACAAUCGCUCAGGAGCGUCUGAAGGAUCGAAUGCAGACGGGGCGAAAGUGGCUUGCGAAACAGAAGGGAGCUUGGCAGUAUCUAUGCGCGGGCACAGCCUUCGCGAGCAGCGCCGAGCUAGCGGCCGCCUUGGUUGCGCUGGAUACGCACACGGAAGGUACCUACACGACUGAGAUUCGUGGGGCGAGAAGACUGCUGGUAAUCGCGCUGGGAAACGCGUCGCAGAUGUCAUUGAACGUCAGACAAUAUGAGCGGGCGCUUCACUUCGCGUGGGGUGCCGUCAGCGCAACGGAGAACAUACCAGAGGAAGAAGCGCUAGAUAAGAAGAUUACGGAGAAGAACCAACAGCGAAUUAGUCAGGCGACAGCUGGACUCGAGCGUCUGCAUCAGCCCCAGUGA